CUUAGCCCUGAGCAGUCAACUGCUCUCCUGGACUUCUUGACGCACCAGGAAACAUACAAGGAGGUCGAAGACUUCAAGUUUCCAGGGGCGAUACAUCACUAUGGACCUCCGUUCCAAAAUCAAGUCGACUCCCCUCAGUCCCCGAUAUUGCAAAGCCUUCUGGCCAAGUUCGUAUUGAAGCUUCCAGGCCUCCGCAAUGUAUCGCCACAAUUCUGGAAGGCCAGCGUGGACGACCUCAUCGAGGAUCUCACAGCCGCCGAGUUGAGUGAAAGCUAUGACAAAGGAGUACUAGGCAUCCGGAAAACGUUGGCUACUGCUAUCUCCGCUCUCAUCGAGUAUCCUGCCCGCGGUGUCCUGGGCGGAUUUCCAAAGAAGAAGAUUGAACACACUGGAGAAUACGAUGUCUCGAAUCCAGACCACGUCUUGCAAGCAUGGAAAGACUGCGUUCAGGAACUGGUGUAUGGUGACCUGGUUGACAAGCUUUUUGAGAAGGCGGCAGAAACCGACGAUUUGGAGCAGCAUGAUGCUGUGGUGCAAGGCAUGCACGAGUUCAUGGUCGUGAAUAUCGCAUCGCUCAUGCAUUACACUCUCGUCCUAUCACCAGAAGGUCCUACGAUGUUGCGCAUGAUAUCGAACGUGCAUACUCUGUUACCGUACAUGGUCAUGCGGCAAACACUGAAAGUUGGAAAUGUCGCGACCAUGAUCAGUGGCAUGGUUCGAGUGAUUCUUGCUAAAGUCUCUGUGGCGACGGUCACCAACUGGAUUGGGUUGAGUAGUGGUGCUGACGAGGGCAUGAAUUUAUUGCAACAAAUAAUAUCACAGGUUCUUGGCUGGGACAGGAACGCACUGAAGAAGCGAGCCACCGCCAUUGAGAAGUCGAAGGAUGCACCUCCGAAAGCUGUCCUCGAAGAACUCAGGGCCUGGAUCGAUCGAAGUCGCGAGGAGCACGACGAAUGCCGCAGACAAAGUGCCCAGCAAAGCAUGUCCAUCGUCUCCAUGAUUCUCGCGCUCUCGUCAGUGUCCGAAGAGCUCACGGAAUCGCAGCACGCUAAAGCUCAAGAAUACUUGUCUCUACAGUUGGCCAUCCGUGAUCGACAACAGAUUGUGAAGGUUAUGUGCAAGCGUAAUCCUGAUGUCUUGACAGCUGCGAUCAGAGACGCGGUGGAUGCUUAUACCCCCAUAAUCCGCCAUGUUCACCAAGCCGUGGAUCUCAGCGAUACUUUGUGGGACUUGGAACGCUUUCUCACCGAUAUGCUGAAGAUCGCUCAGCCGGAUGCAAAGAAGGCGAAUGCUGAACCUCCGAGCGUUGAGGAUUUCGUUGACCUCCUUCACCGGCACCAGAGCAGCUGUCACAAAUUCCUGCAUCAAGUUGCGAAAAAUGGCAAGGAAAUGACCGGCUGGUGGCGAGAAUAUGUACAUAUGGCCGCAGCGUAUUUCAGAAACGACCAAAAGCCACCAGAGAGCGAAUCUGUGAUUCCUGACGAGAUGGCCACUGGCGGCUUGCAGAAGGCCUUGGAAGAAGCCUUCGCCAAUUUGUCGGCCAGCGAUCAGAACGCUGUGAAAGCUGAGAUGGACGCGUGGAAGCAGUACAUUGAUGAUCUACACACUGCCUCUGCCACCAGGAUAGCGUCCGUCAUCAAACGCGACAAGACAACGCCAUUUGGUCCAGGUGCCUACUUAGCGAGAUGGCAGCAAUUACUAGACGAUACGCAGAUAACGCCGGAAAAGGCCAACAGUCCUGUUCGCUCUGGC